CAGAGAUCCUCACCUCAGUCUUCUUCUUCCUUAGCAUAAGCCUCAACUGGUGAUGAAUUUUCCCACGCAACAGAUAUGUAAAAAGAAUUUAUUCGAAAAUAGCAAAUUUGAGCUAAUAUGCGUAUAGAAAUUUGAAGAAAAGGAGGUUUUUCCUUUUUUUUUGUUUUUUUAAUUUUUUAAAACUGUAUAUGGAUUUGGUAGAAGGAGUCGGUGAGAGCUCUUCACCGGCGAGGAGUUUUGGUGGUUUCGGAACUUAUGAUAUAAGAAAUGAUGUUUACAAUCGGUUAGUGGAGAGCGGAAAUGAUGAGGCGGUUUCUAAUCCGGAGUUGCGGGAGCAGCUAGAUGUUCACUUCAACAGCUUGCCUGCUAGCUAUGGAUUGGACAUUAAUAUGGAUAGAGUGGAAGAUGUAUUGCUGCAUCAGAAGCUUCUUUCUAUGGCAAGAGAUCCUGAAAAUUGUCCCGUUUUCCAUAUUCGGUUUUUAGAGAAUUUUUGGACCAAGGGAGAUGAUACUGAGGAUCGACAAAUCUUAAGUGUUUAUCCAAAUGCAAAGCCACCUGGUAGUGAUGAUAAUGACGGGAAGUUGCAACUGCAUGAUAGGAAUUCUGUGAAUGACUUUGAACCUUGCUGUAAGCUUGAGGACCUAAACUUGGAUGUUAGAAAGUAUCCCAAUGAGAUGGAGAGGGCAACACCAGCUGAAGAUUUUACCAGAAGGCAGGACGUUUCACAUAUACCAAUCCAUGAAGUAAUAUUUUCAACUGUUGACAAGCCCAAGCUCCUCAGUCAGCUUUCAGCUUUGCUUUCUGAUAUUGGGCUUAACAUCCGUGAAGCUCAUGUGUUUUCCACAACUGAUGGCUACUCUUUAGAUGUUUUUGUGGUGGAUGGAUGGCCUGCUGAGGAUACAGAAGGCUUGACUGAAGAAAUGAGAAAAGCAAUAGCUAGAAAUUUGGGAUCUUGGUCUGGCUCUACACAUUCCAAGCAUGCUGUGGAAAAAGCUUUACCUGUGGAAGCAAAGCCUGUUGAUUGGGAAAUAGAUACAAGAUUGCUCAAAAUAGGGGAGAAAAUUGCAUCGGGGUCGUGUGGAGACCUGUAUCGAGGAGUUUAUAAAGGUCAAGAUGUUGCAAUUAAGGUUCUCAGAUCGGAGCAUUUGAAUGACACCUUAGAGGAUGAAUUUGCUCAAGAAGUGGCUAUCUUGAGGCAAGUUCAGCAUAAAAAUGUUGUUCGUUUUAUUGGUGCAUGUACAAAAUCUCCUAAUUUUUGGAUAGUUACAGAAUUCAUGCCUGGGGGGAGCCUCUAUGAAUAUUUGCACAAGAACCAUAUUGUGUUGAAGCUCCCACAGCUGCUGAAGUUUGCCAUCGAUGUCUGCAAGGGAAUGGAAUACUUGCAUCUAAACAACAUUAUCCACAGGGAUCUAAAGACAGCAAAUUUGCUGAUGGAUAGUGCCAAAGUUGUUAAGGUAGCUGAUUUUGGUGUUGCUCGAUUUCAAUCUGUUGGGGGUGUGAUGACAGCUGAGACUGGAACAUACAGAUGGAUGGCUCCCGAGGUUAUAAACCACCAGCCAUAUGAUCAGAAGGCAGAUGUAUUUAGUUUUGCGAUUGUUCUUUGGGAGCUCGUGACGUCCAAGAUUCCAUACAACACCAUGACACCCCUUCAAGCUGCCUUGGGAGUCAGACAGGGUCUUCGGCCUGAGCUUCCCAAGGAUGCGCAUCCAAAGCUCUUAAAUAUGAUGCAAAGAUGUUGGGAAGCGAUACCCGAGAACAGACCUUCCUUCUCCAAUAUAAGGGUACAACUCGAACAACUUCUUCAACAGGAAGUUCAGGAACUUCCCGAAGAACCGAAUGGCAGCUGAACAUUGCUUACACUACAUGCUAACGGCCGAAUUUUGCAGUAACUAAUGAGGGAUCCUUUUGUUUUUACCUAGUUCCUGAUACAGAGUGUAUUAACGUCUUCAGGGAAAUUGGACAAUUUUUACAGAGCCACUGGUAUAGGACUGUAGAGUAACGAGAGACAUUGUACCAAGUCUUUUUGAGCGCCCACUAUCAGACAUUAUUGAUCUUGUACAAGGAGGAGGGAUAUAUAAUGCCUUUUGUUUUUCCCUAUA